AUGUUGGGCAUCAGCCCCAGUGGGAUGGUGGAGCAGGACGACUUCAACUAUGGCAGCUGCGUGGCUUCCACCAGUGUACACAUCCGCAUGGACGACGACCACUGGUGGCAGUGUGGAGUGGGGCCACCGCCCGGCUUCCAGGCGCUGAGGGAGCCGGGGUCAGUGAACAAUUUUCUGAUGACUGGUCCAAAGGCUUACCUGAUCUACUCCAGCAGCGUGGCAGCUGGUGCCCAGAGCGGGAUUGAAGAAUGCAAAUACCAGUUCGCCUGGGACCGCUGGAACUGCCCUGAGAGAGCCCUGCAGCUGUCCAGCCAUGGCGGCCUGCGCAGUGCUAACCGGGAGACAGCAUUCGUACACGCCAUCAGUUCUGCUGGCGUCAUGUAUACUCUGACUCGAAACUGCAGCCUUGGGGAUUUUGACAACUGUGGCUGUGAUGACUCCCGCAACGGGCAGCUGGGGGGUCAAGGCUGGCUGUGGGGAGGCUGCAGUGACAACGUGGGCUUCGGAGAGGCAAUAUCCAAGCAGUUCGUUGAUGCCCUGGAGACCGGACAGGAUGCCCGGGCAGCCAUGAACUUGCACAACAAUGAGGCCGGCCGCAAGGCGGUGAAGGGCACCAUGAAACGCACGUGUAAGUGCCACGGCGUGUCUGGCAGCUGCACCACGCAGACCUGCUGGCUGCAGCUGCCGGAGUUCCGCGAGGUGGGCGCGCACCUGAAGGAGAAGUACCACGCAGCUCUCAAGGUGGACCUGCUGCAAGGUGCUGGCAACAGCGCGGCAGGACGCGGCGCCAUCGCCGACACCUUUCGCUCCAUCUCCACGCGGGAGCUGGUGCACUUGGAGGACUCCCCAGACUACUGCCUGGAGAACAAAACGCUAGGCCUGCUGGGCACGGAGGGCCGAGAGUGCCUGCGGCGCGGGCGGUCCCUAGGCCGCUGGGAGCGCCGCAGCUGCCGCCGGCUCUGCGGGGACUGCGGGCUGGCGGUGGAGGAGCGCCGCGCCGAGACCGUGUCCAGCUGCAACUGCAAGUUCCACUGGUGCUGCGCGGUCCGCUGCGAGCAGUGCCGCCGGCGCGUCACCAAGUACUUCUGCAGCCGCGCGGAGCGGCCGCGGGGGGGCGCUGCGCACAAACCCGCGAGAAAACCCUAAGGGUCUCCUCUCCCGCUCCUUUCCCCAUUUGUCCUCGGCUUCUUUUAGAGACCCCAGUAAUAGAGGAACCUAGAGAUGCGGAUCCCGCACUCGCAAGCCCAGGGAUCCCGAGAGAGACGCUGCCAUCUCCGGGGAUGUCACUUUCCACCCUGUUUUCCCAUUUCCGGGGCGCUCUCUGGGAGCUGUCUGAAGGGUCCUCACGGCCCACACUUACUCUGAGAACUUUCUGAGGUUUGAGCUAUUGAUCUUCUUUGGACGAGGAUGAGAAUAGAUGGUCCUCCUCCCCGUCCUAGUUGCCCUAACGCUGGACCUAGCCUAUGGAGCCUUAGGAACAGGAAGACCCCUGCUCAAAUAUACAGAGCUCACAGGGGGGUGGGGGUGGGGGGAGCCUUGGCUUCUCUCUUGUCCAUUUUUGCGCCCCCCCCCCUUUUCUGCCAGGUCUCUAUCACAGCUACAUCUUCCUUCUGCAGAGCCACUCCCCAGGAAUCUCUAAUGCUUUCUCUCCCCUUCUCCCUUACCCUCUUUCCCUAAAGAGAAACUGUGAGAAAACUGACCCAGGAAAAGCAUGUGUUGGGGGACCGGUUCUUGAGGCAAGGGUUGAAGAUGGGGAAAGUGGGGACCCUAGAGUGCUGCCUGCUGAAAACCCAGGGUGCUACUCAUCCUAUGACUCCGUGUCUAAUGGACUUUACCGGUGGGACAAUGACUUCCUGACAAUCACCAAGGUGCUCCAGACACAUACCCACAAGGUCUAGGAGCUAUGUAAGGUCAGAUGGCCAGCCAUUUCCUACCCUUUAAGGUACUUCCCUGACCCUAA